AGGUUGUUAGACCAGAGACCAGUCAGCGACUCUUCAGCUCCAGCUAGCAGGAUUACCUCUUGUCAGUGUGUCUCUGACAACGCUAUAGAUAAAUAUGUCAAAGUUGGAGCAGAUCCUUGUUCUCGAUCCCCCCUGUGACCUCAGAUUUAAAGGUCCCUUCACUGACGUCGUCACCACCAACCUGAAGCUGAAGAACCCGUCUGAUAGAAGAGUGUGUUUCAAAGUGAAGACCACGGCUCCCAAGAGGUACUGCGUACGGCCCAACAGUGGCAUCAUUGAUGUCGGCGCUACCGUCACCAUCUCUGUAAUGCUCCAGCCCUUUGACUACGACCCCAAUGAGAAAAGUAAACACAAAUUCAUGGUCCAGAGUAUCUUUGCUACUCCUAAUGUGGCUGAGAUGGAUGCAAUGUGGAAAGAUGUGAAACCUCAUGAUCUCAUGGAUUCCAAGCUGAGAUGUGUAUUCGACCUGCCUUCUGAAAACGAUCAAGUGAUUGACGUGGAUUUGAACAGCAAAGCGACGGCUCCUGUGCAGAACUCGUCCAAGGUGGCGGACGGUCCCGUGCUAACAACGGCGAAGACCGUCAGUGCCUCGAUGAACGACUCUGAGAUGAAGAAACUAACAGAAGAGUGCAAGAGACUGCAGGCUGAGAUGGACAAGCUGACCGGCGAGAACCGACAACUCAAGGACGACGGUGUUAGAAUGAGAAGGGCUGCCCAGCGUUCUGACCACAUGACAUCAAACCAGACAGGCUCCUCCUCCAUGAUGCAACAGACGACCGUCGCCUCCCUCCCCUCUCUCCUCGUUGUCAUAGCAGCCAUCUUCAUCGGAUUCUUCAUCGGGAAGUUCAUCUUGUAAACUGGAGCUGGCUCUGAAAUGGCACCCUAUUCCCUAUUUUGUGCACUACUUUUGAGCAGAACCGAUAGGGAGUCCCAUAGGGCUCUGGUUCAAAGUAGGGCACUACAUAGGGAAUAGGGUGCCAUUUCGGACAGCGCGCCCUGGGAGACGCAAGACGCCUGCCGUAUCCCACGACAACCCCUCGGCUCCGGAAUCAAAAGGCCUGGAUGGACCUGACUAACCAAGAAGAGAAGUCUUUCUGUUGACUUUGCCAUAUCAGAAGUAGUGCUCUGUCUGCAGUGGCCAUGUUGUCUGUCUGUACAGUACGAGGGCCCCACUGCCUUUUUACAAGCGUUUACACAUGGUUAGUGUACACAGAGAGGAAAGGAAGGAAGGAAGGAAGGAAGGAAGGAAGGAAGGAAGGAAGGAAGGAAGAAAGAGAGUGAAAAAGAUGGCUCCAUUUUGUUUUUCUGCUUUUUUGAUGGAUGGACAGACAGCCUAAGUGCAGGUAUGAGAUGUACGUACAAAAUAUCACCUUAAUCCCUGUAUAUUACACUACUUCUAAUGGUCCUGGUCAACAGUAGUGCACUAUACAAGGAAUAGGGUGCUUUUUUGGGACGCACAGGAAGUGUUACACUAUCAAUCAACAUGGAGGACAGUUGAGACGUGCCUAGGACCGGUUAGAAUACUUUAAUGCACCGUUCCUACCUUAUUUGAGGAAAGCUCUACAAGUGGUUAGAUCAGUGGAAAGCAAGCUCCCCCCUCCCCUACCCUCUAUUACUUUACCCAAUUCAGAUCUGGAAAUCCUUCAAGGAAGAUGGGUAGGAAGGGAACUAUGCAUGAUGGGUAGGAAGGGAACUAUGCAUGAUGGGUACUAUGCAUUUCUUAAGUAUUGGAACAAGGUUCUAGUCACCAUGGUGGCAUGAAGCAGUUGAAUAAACCAAUCGUCUUCUCUCGCUC